AUGCAGACUUAUGGUCUUGAGUGGAGACAAGUUACCAGCAUCCUCCUUGACAACUAUGCAGUCAUGAGAGGAAAAAAGUCUGGCCUUGAAACUCAAGCAAGGAAGGAGAACCCAUACCUCCUUGCCGUAUCUGGAGACACAGUGCACAUAGUUUCCAAUGCUGCCAAGGCCCUCAUGAUAAUGGCCUUGAUUUCACUUCUAAUCUUCAGUUUAGCAGUUCAAUUAUCUGGCUGUUUGGUGAAAGAAGAAGGUUGUGCUGCUCUGGUAUCAGCUCUGAGUUCAAACCAUUCACACCUGAGGGAGCUGGAUCUCAGCUACAAUCAACCAGGAGAUUCAGGAGAGAAAGUGCUCUCUGAUACACUCAAACAUCUGGACAAACUCAAUGUGGAUCAUGGAGGAGAGUUCAGGAUCAGAGCAGGACCUCACAAAUACGCCUGUGAUCUCACACUGGAUCCAAACACAGCACACAGAUACCUCGUUCUGUCUGAGGAGAACAGAAAGGUGACGCAUGUGUCUGAGUCACAGUCAUAUCCUGGUCAUCCAGACAGAUUUAAUGUGUGGGAUCAGGUUCUGUGUGAAGAGACUCUGACUGGACGCUGUUACUGGGAGACUGAGUGGAGUGGAGAUGAUGUUCAUAUAUCAGUGGUUUAUAAAGGUAUCAAGAGGAAAGGAUGGAGUGAUGACUGUGUGUUUGGAUGGAAUGAAAACUCCUGGAGUCUGAGCUGCUCUGAUCACAGAUUCACUGUCUGGCACAAUAAAAACUCCACUGUUAUAUCUGCUGCUCCAGGCUCCUGUAAGAGAGCAGGAGUGUAUCUGGACGAGUCGAGCGGCAUUCUGUCCUUCUACAGCGUCUCUGACACAAACACACUCACACACUUACACACACUCACACACACAUUCACCAAACCACUACACGCUGGAUUUAGAUUUCAUAAUUACAACUCUUCAGUGUCUCUGUGUCACAUUAAACACACACACACUGACUGACACACAUCUCUGUCUGUAACAAACACACACACACACACACACACACACACACACACACACACACUGACACACACACUUACACAGACAGACUGACUGACACACACACUUACACACACUCACAGCAACGCAUUCACUCAACCACUACACGCUGGAUUUAGAUUUGAUAAUUACAACUCUUCAGUGUCUCUGUGCCACAUUAAACACACACACACACACACACACACACACACACACAACUGACUGACACAUACACACACACAC